AUGAGAACCAACUCGUCUUUGGUCUUCGACGAUAAGAAUAGAACCAAAACAGAACCUCCCCGUUGGGAUCUUAGACCAGGAACCCGUCCCUGCUCUAUUAUGGUCGACGAUUCGUCGGGUCGCUGGCUGCAGAGGAGAACAGGAAGAGGAGACUGGACGGGCAGGACUGGUGUUCGCAGAUACUUUGUGAGGCAAGCGGGAAAGGCCCUUCUUCCGUUCGGCUUUGCUUAG